GCCCGGUAUUUAUUUUGCAUCAUAAAUACGUUUUAUAUUGUGAACUAUAUGUAUAUUAAGUGUUGCAUAUAAAGACAAGCACUUUUAUUUUGAAAUUCUGUGGAGUCUUGUGUAUGUGAUGUUAUUUUAAUGUCACCUUUGCACAGUUGUUGUGUUUUUUCUUGCUCAGUUGACCGUUAUCUCCUCCAGGUGAGUUCACGUCAAGACUCCUCCCAUUGGUCACAAAAUGUCUCAACAGCACCCCCUAACUGCCGCCCCUUGGACAUGUUUGUCUUCAAGUUUCAAAAUUCAGUCCACUUAUUUAUAUAAAGUCAGUAAAAAACAGUCUCUUUGAACCAUGUUCUAAAUCCCAGAGGAACUUUGGUCACUUUUGAUUUGUGUGUCCAUUUUUGGUGAUUUAUUUUUUUAUGACCACCCGUUCGGUUAUUGCUCCACGUUCUCUUGACUUUCUAUUCCUAGAUCUUUAUAUUUGGAGACUUCUUUCCUGCAGUUUUUCAGCGAGGACAGACGUGGACGAGUUCUCUCCCGUGUGUCCUUCACGUCUGUAAGUUCAUGAUUUCUUAAUCCGUUUCUGUCGACACGUCUUCUGGCGCCAUGAUGUGCUGCUGCUGCUUCUAUGAUUACAUCACCUGUGAGUCAUCAUGCAGCCCAAAAUAAAUACAUAAAUGAAUAAAUAAUACUUUGGACUUUGGCUACAGAAUUUAGCCAAUUGUAGCUUGUAAAUUUUUCUCUGAGAAAAGAAAGAAAGAAAGAUGGAAAGGGAAAAAAAACAUGAAUUCACCCAAAAAAGUAGCUGUAAAUUAACGAUUGCUAUAAACUCUUUGUGCAGCACGUCUUGGAACUGUAUUAAACUACAUUGCAGAUAAAAAUAAUCAUAAAUAAUGCUGCAUUAUGGAUGCCAACUAUUGUAAGAAUAAGAAACACAGUGGAAAAAUGCAAAUUAAUUCACUCACUUCAUUGAUUUAUUUAUUUUCUUCCACAUUUGUAUUCAGGACAGCUCUGAUCUUGGUCUCCAGUCUUCUGAAGUGAGUUGAGGAGGGGUCAAAGUUCAGGUCAGAAGUGAAUCCUCCUCCUGCUCCUCACUGUCAGCAGCAGCAGCAGCAGCAGCAGCAGAACUGGACGCGCUAGGACCGCGGGGACCAGAGCGCAGACGCAGACGGAGCGGGACGCACUGGGUCCUGCUGCUGUAACAGAAGGACACUUUGGUCUCAGUCUCGUUCACCUCUGGAUUAACUUUUACACAGAAAGACAAAGGGAAAGUUGAGGCAAACUUCCCAACACUGGUGUAAAUCUCUUUCCUUCUCUGUAACCGGGUUGUUCGUCGGUGCUGGAGACGUUUGGAUGGACUCUCUCAUCUCUUGGAUUCAUUAACUUUUCCUCCUUGGAUCAAAGGGAGUCGUGCGCACGAGCUUGCCAUGACAUAACGGGGACACUUGGAAACGCUGCGGUGCCGAAAUAGUUUGGGAAUGAACGGAUGAUGUGUGCUCACAACUGAGGCGGAACUUCUUUCUCCGAGUCAGCCAUUCAUUCCCCCCAAAAACCGAACUCUUUUCGUUUUCUGCUCCAUGGUGGAGAUAUGGGAUGACUGGAGGCGGGGGUGCAGCUGAGGAGCUGAGAUCCAGCCGAAGGACGAUGUCUGCGCCCGGCGUUGUCAUCCCUCCGCUGCCGGGGCGUCUGGUACUGAUGCUGCUCCUGCUCUCCGGCGCCGGGCCCCGGCUCUCGCAGGCUUGUCCCGGGCUGCUCGCCUCCAGCAGCGGCUGCAGCUGCACGGACGAGCGGCCCAAAGCGCACGGCGUCCAGGCUGUGGGCAAGAGGGUCAGCUGCAGCAAGGAGGACCUGACCGAGGCUCCGGAUCCGGGUCUGCUGCCCAACAGGACGGUCACUCUGAUACUGAGCCACAACAAGAUCCGAGUUCUGAGAAAUGGAUCCUUCCUUGGACUUUUCGCCUUGGACAAGCUGGACCUCAAACACAACUUGAUCAGCACCAUCAUGCCCGGAGCCUUCCAGGGCCUGUCCGAGCUUCGGAAACUUGACCUGUCCAACAACCGCAUCGGCUGUCUGACCGCGGACAUGUUCCAGGGACUGACCAACCUCACCAAACUUAACCUCUCUGGCAACAUCAUAUCCACCAUGGACCCGGGGGUUUUUCAGGAGCUGCCGUCCCUAAAGCUCGUCAACUUCAACUCAGAACACCUGUCCUGUGACUGUGGCUUGCGUUGGGUCCCUGGCUUCUUCCGCACCAGCUCGGCCAAGUUGGGGGAUGAAACGUUGUGUGCUUAUCCCAGGAGCCUGAGGGGGAAACCUCUACGUGGACUCAGGGAAAGCCAGCUGAGCUGCGACGGUCCACUGGAGCUGCACACGCUGUCGCUGCUGCCGUCGCAGCGUCAGGUGGUCUUCAAAGGCGACCGGCUGCCCUUCCACUGCACCGCCUCGCUGGUGGACAAGAUCACCACUCUGCACUGGCGCCACAACGGUCAGCUCGUGACCUCCGACCCUGACAUGGGCGUAAACCUGGAGAACAGUGUGCUGCACGACUGCACCUUCAUCACCAGUGAACUCAUUCUGUUUAACGUGCACGUGGAGUCCAGCGGAGAGUGGGAGUGUGUGGUUUCCACUGGACGGGGCAACGCGUCCCUCACUGUGGAAAUCGUGGUGCUGGAGAACAGCGCCUCCUUCUGUCCCGAGGAAAAAGUGAUCAACAACCGCGGCGAGUUCAGGUGGCCACGAACUCUGGCGGGAAUCACGUCGCAUCAGUACUGCCUGCAGCUGCGCUACCCCUCCCUGUCUGUGGAGGGCGGUGUGGAGCAGAAAAAGGCCUCGCGGUACUGCGACCGCGCUGGAAAGUGGGAGGAGGGAGACUACUCGAACUGUCACUACACCAACGGCAUCACCCGCGUCCUGCACACCUUCAUCCUGAGACCCAUCAACGCGUCCAACGCCGUCACGGUGGCUCAUCAGGUGCGGACGUACACGCUGGAGGCCGCGGGCUUCACGGACUCGGUGGACGUGCUGUACGUGGCGCAGAUCAUGGAGAAGUUCAUGGAAUAUGUCCGACAUCUGCGAGAGUUGUCGGAGGUGUUGGUGGAAAUGGGCAGUAACCUGAUGCAGGUGGACGACCAGAUCCUGGCUCUGGCGCAGCGAGAGAAGAGAGCCUGCAGCUCCAUCGUCUCCUCUCUGGAGACUCUGGCCUGGCCUCAGCUGCACAGCCACGCUCAGGAUUUCUCCAUGGUUUCUCGUAACAUCGUGAUGGAGGCUCACCUCAUCCGCCCGGCUCACUUCACCGGCAUCACGUGCACGGCGUAUCAGCGACGCGAAGUCUCGGCGGGAAGUCCUGCCGCGGAGACGUCAAACUCUGGCCAUGAGCAGCAGCUCCGCUUCCGCUGCAGCACCGGCUCCCACAACACCUCGCUCAACAACUUCCUCCUGAAGAAUUCCGUGGCGCUGGCGUCGGUGACUCUGCCGUCGACUCUGUUUCCUCCUGAUGCUUCGGAAGACUGUAAACUGCAGUUUGUCGCUUUCCGGACGGGCAGCUUUUUCCCGCUGUCUGGAAACUCGAGUAACGCGGGGGAACAUGCGCGCAGACGCACGGUCAACUCUCCUGUCGUAUUCGUGGGAUUAGAUGGCUGCAGCAUGUGGAACCGCUCGGAGCCCAUCUGGGUGUCACUGCGCCACUUGUCCCCCGGCACUGACGCCGUAGCGGCUCAGUGGAGCCCGAGGGGCCCGGAGAAGCCGGGGGUGUGGAGCCAGGACGGCUGUCAGCUGGUGCACAGUGACAGCAGCACCUCCACCAUGCGCUGCUCGCUGCUCAGCAACUACGCCGUGCUGCAGGAGGUGCCUGACUUCCCGACCUCCCUGCCCAUCUCAGCGAGUGUGCUCCACCCGGUGGUGUACGCCUGCACUGCAGUGCUUCUCCUCUGCCUCUUCACCAUCAUCAUCACACACAUUCUCCACCACAGCUCCAUCCACAUAUCCAGGAAAAGCUGGCACACGUUACUGAACACCUGCUUCCAUAUCGCCAUGACAACAGCGAUCUACGCGGGGGGCAUUAGCUUGACCAGCUACCCGGUGGUUUGCCAAGCAGUGGGCAUCGCCUUGCACUACUCGUCGCUGUCGACGCUGCUGUGGAUCGGAGUUAGCGCCAGAGUCAUCUACAAAGAGGCCGUGUGGCGGUUACCACGGCAGCUGGAGGGAGAGUCUCCUGUUCCGCCGACCCAGCGACCGAUGCUCAGGUUCUAUUUGAUAGCUGGUGGAGUUCCUCUCAUCAUUUGUGGGAUCACUGCAGCUGUCAAUGUCAACAACUACGGCGACAACAGCCCUUACUGCUGGUUGGUGUGGCGUCCCAGUCUAGGCUCUUUCUUUGUCCCCGCUGGCCUUGUGUUGUUGGUGACCUGGAUCUAUUUCCUGUGCACUGUGUUUCGCCUGAGGCGCAGCGUGGCCAAAGAAUGCACAGGAACCACCCUGUCUUCUCCUGUGACCGAGAGCCAGCCCGCGCUGGCAGGAAGCACCAGCCUGCUCUCCACAGACUCCGCGGUGGGAGCGAUAAGCCCCACUGUGGCUCCAGAGGACCAGUACUCUCUGAAGACUCAGUUCCUGGUGCUGGUGGCCACUCACUUUCUGUUUGUGAUCCUGUGGUGUUGUGGGGCGAUGGCGAUCUGGCUGACAGAACACACCAGCCUGUUGUUCAGCUGUCUGUAUGGGAUGACUGCUACGGUACUGGGGAUAUUUCUGGUGGUGCACCACUGCUUCAGACGCAUGGAUGUGCAGGCGUCGUGGCUUGCGUGUUGCCCGGGUUACCGCCGCUCACAUCCCAUGUCGACUUACACUCACACCUGCACUACUGUGAGUGGGGUGCAGACGUCUGAACAUGGAUCCCAACUUUUCAUCAACUGUCAUCCUCCCGGCGACUCUCAUAACUCCUCGUCGGCGCGGUCGUCGUCCACGCCGAGUGGGAUCAGCAGUGUGGGCCCCGGGCCCUGCAAGCUCACCAACCUGCUACAGGUGGCACAAGAUAAUCCUAACAUUCAAUCUGCUUCUCGUCCGCCUGCAGGCAACAACACCAGCACCAGUACUGACAACACCAGCAAGCCUACAAACAAUAUUCUGCCCAUCAAUAACUCUGCAGCUCCACUGCAUCCACAGAGAAGGAAAGUUAGUAGCAGAACUAAACAAGGGAGCAGUCAGUAUCACCACCGGAGCGAGGGCAGAGGUCACUAUCGUCUCAAAGCUCUCAGGACUGCUGGAGGUGGGGGCAGCCUCGGAGCUUUAGGACCCGCAGGUUUAGAGCACCUCACUUCUUCACAUGGGGUUUACAAACAGGCCACAAGUGAGAAUGGCAGCAUUCACCACAGCCUUUCAGAGAACCAGGCCAGCCCACUGACAAAUGGGAAGCGGGUGGGAGAGUCAGUGGCCACCAGCCCCUCAGAGGGAAGCGACGGGGGGAGCAGCGGCAGCCGCAAGCCUUUCCCACUGCUGCCAUCUAUGGCCAGCAGAGUGGCUAUGCACGGCGCUCAGAGACGAUGUGCCAGCAGAGACAAUUUGAAACUGGCAGCCGCCACAGAGCGAGACACGAAACGCUGCUCUUAUCCUUUGAACUGCACCACAACCACGGUGCCCGGGGCGGCUGCUGCUCCAAACGGCACCUUGAAAAACUCGGUGCUGGAGCUGGAGCAGGACAUGAGCGGCACGGACCAGUCGCAGAGCUCGGUCGGAAUGAGGAGCGGUCUGUGGAAAAGUGAAACCACAGUGUAACCUAUACUUACAGUAUAUGUGAACGUCUAUGCAUGGCCUUGAUGAACUUUUUAAUGAUUGGGUUAUGUUUUAAUGAUCUCUUGAUUAUAAUAAUUAUGUAAUUUAAGAUGCAAAAUCAUGAAGGCAUCCAGGAACCUAAACUGGUACUCCUGCCUCUGUAGCAUUGUAAGAAUUUUCUGUGAAAUGGGGUAAAAAAAUAUAAUAAUGCUGUUUUUUUUGUUGUCUUCAUACUCAUUUAUGUAAUCCGUUUCACAAGAAAAUGUAAACAGUAUCUCUGAAAUUGGCAUAUAAUGUUGAUUUUGGGUGUCUAAUGAAAGCUUUAUUGUUUUAGUUGUGAUUAUUUUCGCUAUGCAUAUCAACUAUAGCAUGAAAUGGAAUGCAAAACCCGUCCGUUUCCAAACUUCAGCUAAAUGCAUUUAAUCUGUGGGGGGGAAAACGCUCAACCUUAUGUUUGCUUCAAGUAACUGUGUGUGUUCUCAUGUAUGCACUUGUAUGUUCUCUUUCCAAACAUGUCUGUGUGCGUGUGUGUAUAUGUGUGCGUGUGUGUGUGUGUGUGUGUGUAUGUGCGCGCGCAGACAUACAAAUUGUAUGAGUGUGGCUGUACAGAAUUUUUGAGUGAAUUAAAAAAAGCUAUGAGAGACUUUUGAAUAUA